UGGUCACUUUUUUCUCCUUAGUUUCUUACGGACGACGGUAAUAAACCGUCUCCAGUCUCUAGUCCCCAGAAUUUCAGGAGGUCUGCACUUUUGAAAGGGCGCCAAUUCCGUCCCAGGGUCCAAAUCCGAUCGCUUCAUCUCGCUGCUGCAGCUACUGCCGGGCAAUUAUCCCAUCAAAUCUCCAUCAUCUCCAUCGUUGCCCGUGUUUUUCCCCCUUACCCUUUUCUCUUCCUUCGCACCGCGUCUCGCGUUGCUCCCUCCCAUCAACGGCAUUGAUCGUCAAACAUGUCCAAUCCGUCGACAAAUCUAAACCCAUCAACCGACAUUGCAUCCGCCAAAUCCAACGGCAGCGACGGCACGCGGCGCACCAGCUUCGGCUUUUUACGACGACAGAAAUCGACUGAACAUUCGACUGGGAACCGCAUCGCGUCGGGCGGCAAGAUGACCAAGAAGCAAAGGGCUCAGGCCGAGGAGCUGCGCAAGCAGCAAGCCCUCUCCCAAUCCCCUCCUCGUCUGCCUUCGCACUCGCCACUGCCUCGAAUGAACAUCUUGGGCGGUGCUGCCGCUGAAGACCCAACCGCUCGUCCCGAUUCCUAUGCCCUCGUUUCGAACAAAGCCUCGGGUUAUCCGGGUCAAGAUUUCUAUCAUCAACAGAGAGGUGUGAGGCCGUCGGUCGAAUAUCAGCAGUAUGGUUCGAGCCCACAUGGUGUUCCAAUCCCGCCCAUCCCUGGUAGUUCACCCUCCUCGAGAAAUGGGGAACCCGUGGACCCUUACGCCAGGACCGAAAGCAUGACGCAUCGUGGCCGGUACAGCUACGCCAGCAGUGCCGUGAGCACAUUGAACAGCCCAAGACGCGUCCGCAGAAGAAAAGAUCCGACCCCGUUCAACAUCCUCGUCGUCGGCGCGAAGAAUUCCGGCAAGACGUCCUUCAUCAACUUCUUGAAGAAUUCCCUCCAACUGCCGGCGCGGAAACAGCGACAGCAUACCCCGUCCCCUCCCAACACCGCCCUCCCCCCCGACUCACCUUUCAGCUCGAUCUAUUUGGAGUCCGAAAUCGACCAUGAGAGGAUCGGUGUCACCCUGUGGGAUUCCAGGGGGUUGGAGAAGAACAUCGUUGACCUGCAACUCCGGGAAAUGGAUGCCUUUCUUGAGUCUAAGUUCGAGGAGACCUUCACCGAAGAACAGAAGGUGAUUCGUGCUCCCGGCGUCCGAGACACCCAUAUCCACUGUGUAUUCUUGAUUCUCGACCCGGUCCGUCUGGACGCGAAUAUUACCACCUCGAAGCAAAACGGCGAUUCCUUAGUGGCCAAGUUUAGCACCGGCGCUCGUCUCAUCGGCGGACUUGACGAAGACCUGGAUAUCCAAGUGCUUCGCGGUCUCCAGGGCAAGACGACGGUGAUUCCAGUCAUUAGCAAAGCUGAUACCAUCACCACUGCGCAUAUGGCCAUGCUCAAGAAGAUGGUCUGGGACAGCCUCAAGCAAGCGAAACUCGACCCUCUCGAGUAUUUGAACGUUGCCGACUCCGACGGCGAGGACGCCCUCGAUGAACGUGACGAAGACGAGUAUCUCCAUUCCGACACCGAGCCGUCUCAGCCGAGCAGCCGCGUGCUGAACCAGAUCGCCGAUGGUAGCUCCUCCGAAGAUGACGAGGCCGCGGAAGAGUCCGAGGACGUCUCCUCGCCCGUCCGCGAGUCCUCCCCCGCCACCACCACCCCUCCUCCGAAGGCCGGCAAAGAAGGCACCCACCGCCGCACCCCCUCCGCCAUGUCCAUGGCCGCCGCCAAUGCCAAAGCCGACGAUGUCCCCUACCUUCCCCUCUCUAUCAUCUCCCCCGACUCCAACAAUCCGAGCGUCAUCGGCCGAGCCUUCCCCUGGGGAUUCGCGGACCCGUACAACCCGGAGCAUUGCGACUUCGUCCGGCUCAAGGAGAACGUGUUCAGCGAGUGGCGAGGCGAGCUCCGUGAAGCCAGCCGUGAGAUCUGGUAUGAAGGCUGGAGAACUAGCCGACUGAAGAGGCGAGGCACGAGUGCUGGGCCACCGUCCAAGAGCCCCGCCCAGAAAUCAGGAAUCGCCGGGAUCGCGGAUCGUAGUGCUGGUUACGAUACUGGUAGCACCAGGAGUCGAACGAACGGAAGUCCGGAAACCCAGCGAUAUCGAGGACAUUGAACGAGGCACGGAACGGGGCGCGGAACCGAAACCAUGCAUUCCGCAGAGCCGAUGACGGCCCAAUCGACCGAUCCUUUCGAUAAUCGAAUAAUAAAUUCUCGAGUUAGAAGGCGGAUGACGGACUUGAACAUAU